AUGGAUUAUAAAGCCCUACCUAAAAUCGAGCUCCACGCUCACUUGAGCGGGAGUAUUAGCAGGCAGUGUCUCCAUGAGGUCUGGCUCAUGAAGAAGGAGGCCGGCGAGACUGAUCUCGCAGAUCCUCUCAUCGAGAUGCCUGACGGCAAGCACGAUUACAACCUCAAAACCUUCUUCCCCCUGUUCUCUUCAUACAUCUACCACCUCGUCAACGACCUCGUUGCGGUGCGGCACACCACCCUCUCAGUACUCCACGACUUCGCCGCAGACGGCGUCGCCUACCUCGAGCUGCGAACCACCCCGCGCGCCCUGCCCAAGUCAGACCUCUCAAAGGCGGACUACGUCGCGGCCAUCCUGGCCGUCAUCCGCGAGCACGAGGCGCAGCCGGGCAACACGCUGCACACCAGGCUGAUCCUGUCGGUGGACCGGCGCAACACGCCCGCGGAGGCGGCCGAGGUCGUCGAGCUGGCGCGGCGGUUCCGGGGCGGCGGCGGCGUCGUCGGCGUCGACCUGUGCGGCGACCCGCUGCGGGGCGGCGUCGCGGCCCUGCAGCCCGCGUUCGAGGCGGCGCGCCGGGUCCCCGGCCUGGGCGUCACGCUGCACUUUGCCGAGGCGGAGGCGAGCGGGUCUGAUGAGGAGCUGCUUAUGAUGCUGCGGGAGUGGAGGCCGCAGCGGAUUGGGCAUGUCAUUCACCUUAGUGACCGUGUCAAGAGGGAGGUUGCCACGUACCCCGGUGGGCUGGGGCUCGAGCUGUGUCUGAGCUGUAAUGUCCAUGCUGGGAUGAUCAGUGGUGGGUUUGAGGCGCAUCAUUUUGGGGAGUGGUGGAAGGUCGAUGAAUGCACAGUAGUGCUAUGUACCGACGACGUAGGAGUCUUCGGCAGCCCCCUAUCGAACGAGUACAGGCUGGUGGCUGAGCACUUUGGCCUGUCGGAGCCCCAGAUACGUGCACUGGCAAGGAAGGGUAUCGAGGUCAUCUUCGGCGGGCCCGAGGAGAAGCAGAGGCUGAGGCAGAUCAUGGCUUCGGCGUCAUAA